CACAAAAGUGUGAAAUUUGGACGGUUGCACGUGUUUUGUUAUUUUGCUGUUGUGAUUUACGUUUUGGCCCAAAACAUACUACGCAACAGAGGGACGUGCAACAAACUGAUGGAGGACGUCGACUAUUCCGGCGUUAGCCCAUUGGGCGCUGACAGCAGAAACAGUGCAAAUGCUGCGAUGAUAUUGUGCUGUGAAUGUGGCGUUGCGAUCCAACCGAAUCCAGCCAAUAUGUGUGUAACUUGUCUCAGAAAUCAUGUUGACAUUACGGAGAAUAUACCGAAGCAAGCGGUGCUGCAUUUCUGUCGCAACUGUGAACGGUAUCUGCAGCCUCCCAACGAGUGGGUGCAGGCAUCACUCGAAUCCCGAGAGCUACUCGCUGUCUGCCUGAAGAAGCUGAAGGGUCUCAAGGAGGUGAAAUUGGUCGAUGCGGGCUUCAUCUGGACCGAACAGCACUCGAAGCGCAUCAAGGUCAAACUGACCGUACACGGCGAAAUCUCUGGCGGCACCGUGCUGCAGCAGGUCUUCAUUGUGGAGUUCACCGUACAGAAUCAGAUGUGCGACGAUUGCCAUCGCACCGAGGCGAAGGACUUCUGGAGAUGCCUGGUACAGGUGCGUCAGCGUGCCGAAAACAAAAAGACCUUCUACUACCUGGAGCAGCUUAUACUGAAAUACAAAGCUCAUGAGAAUACGCUGGGCAUCAAGCCGGAGCACGGCGGCUUAGAUUUCUACUAUGUGAGCGAGAAUCAUGCGCGUCGCAUGGUCGAUUUUCUGCAAACAAUGGUGCCCGCCAAGGUGACCACGUCGAAGCGCCUCAUUUCACAUGAUAUACACAGCAACAACUACAACUACAAGUACUCGUGGUCGGUGGAAAUUGCGCCCAUAUCAAAGGAUAGCGCUGUCUGCUUGACGAAAAAGCUCCGUCAGCAGCUGGGCAACAUUUCACCCGUUUGUCUGGUGAAUCGCGUCUCGAGCAGCAUUCAUCUAAUCGAUCCGAUGACAGCACAAAUCGCAGAGAUCACCACACAGUUAUAUUUUCGUGCGCCAUUCGAGGCCAUCUGCAAUCCCAAGCAGCUGGUCGAGUAUGUGGUCAUGGAUAUUGAUAUCAUACACGAUAAGGAUCGUAAGAGCUAUCCUGGUCAGGGCACAGUCUCCUUUAAGCAUGCCCUGUGCGACAUUUGGGUUGUACGGGCCUCAGAGCUGGGCAUCAACGAUAAUCCCAUACACACACGCUCCCAUUUGGGCCAUCUGCUCAAAGUGGGUGACUCCGUUAUGGGCUAUAACACUGGAGAGGCGAACAUCAAUGAUGCCGAAUUCGAUAAGUUGUCACCGGAACUAAUCCCGGAUGUGGUACUCGUGCGCAAACACUACGAUCGCCAGGCGCGCCUCAAUCAGCGUCUGUGGAAGAUAAAGCAUUUGGCUGAUGAAGCCACCGAUGAGCGCAGCAAAUAUGACUAUCACGAGUUCCUCGACGACAUCGAAGAAAACGUUGAAAUUCGUGGCCAGAUCAACGUUUAUCGUGAUAGCAAGAAAACAAUACCCGUCGACGUGCAGCCAGAUGGCGCUGAUCUUCCACAGAUAACGCUUGCCGAAAUGCUGGAAGAUAUGACCCUUGAGUGUGCCGACGAUGAAAUGGGCGAUGCUGAUGGCGACGGUGAAGCGGCUCAACAGCCCGAGCCUCAGAUGUAAAAAUUCUAGUUUUAAUUUCUUUUAUGUUUAUUUACACAUAUAUGUAUAUUUGCAGAAUAAAACAAAAGUGAAUUAGAUUUGGCUGAUUAUUAACUCUUAA